AUGGAGUGCUUUGCGGGUGUAGCCGCUGGUGGCUUCGCAGCCAAGGAAGCUUACCAAUACAAUCGAGAGAACUUUCUUUAUGACAGAAACUUGCGCCGACGAAAGGAGUUCCAGGUGCAGAAGUUUCGAGUAGAGCAAGCUGAAUUGUGGCGGACUGACGUGCGGGAUCUCAUAUCCCUGACAGAGUACAAGAUGCACGUGUACCUUUUGGUAAAUGUGCUUUUGCUGGGCAUCACAGUGGCACUUUGGUGUCAAGGAAAGUUGCCACACACAACUCCAGUUUGGUUGAUGACCGGAAACGCCCUGUCAAUGGCUGGGUCGUUUUCCUUCAUUUUGCUGUCCAUUUGGAUGGCGAUGCACGCAGCUGUGUCGGCGCAAGCCUUUGAGACGCGCUUGCUGACGCAGAUGGUGCGUUUGCCCAUCCCCUCUUGGCAGGAAGUCGAAGCUUGCCGAACCUAUGCAUCGGAAUUUGAACGCCUAGACGCGAAGCAGAUGUUCAGAAUUCCCUUUGUUACGGGCAAGCAAGAGAGUUGGGUACCUCCAGACCCUGGUGUAGAAGGAGAAGAGACACCAAGCACUCGCUCAAGGCGGCUCCUGGCAGAGACUCACGUGGAUCCGUGGGGACUGGAGGGCACCGGCUCCAACGUGCCAGAGCUUGGCGCCAGAAUGGGCCAUGGCAUGCACAAGUAUCGCCAUGUGAAGCUGGCCCGUCAAGCGAUGGCGUUUUGGCAAAGCUACGAUGCCUUUGCCAGGAUUUGCAUGAGCAUUGGAGUCAACCAGCUCCUCAAUGCGGCCAGUUACUUCAUCUUGGCCUACUACAUGACUGAGGCAAAAGUGCCCUCCUCCGCCACUUAUGGUGUUGUGGUGCUGACGACCAUGGCUGAGACGUUGAACCGCUUAGAUAUGUCGUUGAAUUGGUGGCAACUGCGGCUCAUGCAAUUGUUUCUCUACCUUGGGCCAGCCAUAGCCACCAUGGCCGGUUGGGCCUGGGUGGAAGAUGGAUGGGAACUCACUGCUGAAGCCCUGGUAGUCUGUGCCUUCCUGGCGAACGCCUUGUACCUGUUGACUGUGAAUACUCUUUGCCACAUGCAUCUGGAACAUAAUGGAGCUAUGCUCCCCUCGGUUUUCCGUUCGGUGCUGUACCUGGAUGUCUUUGGAUGGUCCAGUCAGGCACGGUAUCACCGCGAAUUUAGCCCCAGAGUCAGCACACCGAUGACGACCGAGUCAUCUCCUGUGGCUUGGAAUAGUUGGGAUGUGACCAACAAGUCUUGCUGGGGCCACCAACAUUCAUUGCCACAGGGCGGCAUCAGCGCGCGUGGCCCUGCAGCCUUAGCGAUGACGAAGCCAGCUUCAGCCAUGGUUCAGCACAGCCUGGGCCGUCCGGUGCCGCGGCGCCCGGAGCUGGCGGCCGCGCCGGCGGAUUUCCAGGACGCGCCCGGGGCGCCGGACGUGGGCGAGCACGGCGACAACCCUGUCACUGGUUUCUCUGAGUUCUACAAGGCCGAAGGCUGGCUGAGCACCACCAAUGACAUCCCAGAUGAGGACGACAUUGUCUCUGGAUGUGAACAUCAGGGUGCGAUCAAACUGCCCAGGCAGACCUUCUCUUGUGCCAUGAACUUGCUGUGCCUCGCUUGGAUCAUCGCAGCCUUCUAUUUUGCGUUCGUCAUCUCAAAGGCGACACUGGUUCAAAAGCACGCCUUCUUUGAGAGGACCAGACCGGGCUUACGCGACAGGCAUCUUCCCAGCCUACUGGGCUUGAUGGAGGUGGAGGAGCAUUUGGCCACUGAGGACCUGCUGAGAGUUUCCUGGCCACACGAAAAUGUCCUGCCUCAAGCUUUUGCUUGCGAUGCCGACGGCAGACAGUUUGUGGUUUCAGAUGGCUUGUCCCUUUUCAAUGCUCGAUUGCAGACGCCGCUGGAACCCAAAGCGCCUCUGAUUGCGAAGUUCUCCGAGGUGCGAA